CCUGGCAGCCUACAACUGCCUAGUCAGUUUCUGUCGUAUAACACCAGGUUCGCUAGCAAGUCAGUGCACCAUAUUAUUAUAUUGUACUGCAGUGAGCGAUCUAUAGUGUUUAUAAUCAAUAUUCAAUGGUAGUAGGUACCUAACUAUUGAUUACAUUGAUUAGGUACUUUCAUUAUAAUAUUCAUUAUAUUGAUUACAUUCAUUAUUCGUAUUAGAAUCAAGCCGUGUUUUAGCGAUUAUCCGUUGCGCUUAAUGUUAUUAUAGUUAAUUUAUUGACAGCGAAUGGCGACCGUUGCGUUAAUGGCACUAUAAGCAAUGCUGAGAUUUACAUAAUAUUAUUUUAUUGACUUAUAUCAGUCAUGACGUCAACGAUGACAUUAAGGCCGAACGCUCGCCAAUCGCGGACUGUCCACUCUACAGUUUCAACCGAAAUGGACUAUAAGAGUAAGCGCACUUCAAUUGAUAAAGGCGACCAUCACAUCCAAAAAAUAUUAAAAACCCAUAUUGUAGUUGGAAAUCAAAAUCAUAGUAAGGCAACACCUGACAUCAAUGACGGUCAAGCUCAAAAAUCAAAUGAAUCUGUAACUGCAUCAACUGUUUUUACACCAAUUAGUCAGAGAAUUGAAUCAGACUUAAGCUUUACCGAUGACAACGACAACGAGGAGACGAAUGACACGGGCUCUGCAGAGAAUGCCAGUUAUGUGUCCAACGUAAUUGCUUGGAAUUGUGACCCAACAAUUCCAGUUUCAUAUUAUUGGAAGAAUGAGAAAAGCUUACACUGUAUGGACAAAACCGCAUUACCUGAAGAUAGCAAUGGCUCAAAAAAAUAUCAAUCUAGUCACCUAUGAUGGCAUAAUAAUAAUAGUGUGUACCUUGUACAUAUCUAUAUAUUAUUCUUAUAUUUUAUUAAUAACAAUAAACGCCUGCGUAUAU